AUGCGCCGUCAAGACACUGUGCGACCUUAUCUGGACCUUGAGGCAAGGGUGGAACAUCAGGAUGAGACCUCGGACGAUGAAUCUGAAGAUGGAGCAGGAUUUAUAAACGAUAACGAAAAUGAGGAUAUGGACGGUGUCUUAAACUACAACUUGAUCAACGCUACACCAGAAUCAAAGGGGGGGGAUCAUCUUCCAUGGGGACUUGAAAACAUUCUGGAGAAAUAUACUCAAAACGACGCUGGCCCAUCCUCCAGGACACUUGAUGACUUGGACUUUGGCGCAGAAGAUGUUGGUGAGGUUUGGGUGGUCAAGUGCAGGAAAAACCGCGAACAAGAUGUUAUCCAAUUCAUUGACAACGCCCCCCUGAACUUUCACAGCUUCAUUAUGGCCCGGUGUAACCCUUAUAUUGGCUGCGGAUACGUCUACGUCAGAAGCACCGAUUUCGGAAACAUAUCUAAAUUGCUCAGUGGGUGUUUUUCAGUCGUCCGAAAACGGUCUGGUCUGAACGGGAUCGACAUGACACGCGUUCUUGACCCGGUGGAAGUCGCCUUGUGCGGUCGACAGACUCUCGCAUCUGCAAUUCAGGAUCCUUUACACGAUGUGCCCAUAACUGGCCCUUCUGUUGGUACUUGGGUUCGGCUUGGAAGAGCUGAAGCGAAGCGGAAGAGAAGGAAGGUGAACACGGUGAACGUUGUUGCGGAGUCGGACGAAAGGGAAUCUGGGCGUAGCCACAGCGUUCAGCCUGACAUCCGAGAAGUCACCCCGCUCUACACAAGCGAUCCAGCUUUUGUUGUCAAGCGUGAGGGUGACGAGCUCGUGGUCGCCUUCCUUGCACGACUACCUCAAUCCUCUAUUGACAAAUAUUCGGACAAUGGACAACGUUACCUGCAGACCCUGGUCACCCCCGAAUUCAACCCAGUGCCUGAUUCUGACACCCCGACGGUCUUCGGAACAUCCCGUACCGGUUUUUACAUCACUGAUGGUCUGAUCUUCAAGACCGUUCAUGUCAAUGAUGUACGUCCGCUCGGGAAAUAUCCCAACUCCGCCGAAGGUCGUCUGUUUCUUGCCAGCCAUAACAAGAAUGUCCUCUCUAAUUUCCCGCACAUUGACGACUGGAGGUUCGACGUAGGUGACAUGGUGGUCAGCGUCAUCACGGGAGAGGAAGGUGUGGUCUGCGAGCAGACUACGAAUGGUCCGAUUGUUGAGCAGCGGACUGAAGCAGGUCUCAGCGGGCAUCACUCACUUGGUUGGGCAAUCAAGAAGAGAUGGUUUAUUGGGGAUUAUGUUCGCCACAUCUCUGGAGUCUCCGGCGUUGUCGUUGCAGUUAAAGACCAAAGCGAUGAAGUCAUAAUUCAGGACAUGUCGGACGACCUGGAUUACGAUUUUGUUGGCCACCCGAACUGUUUCAGAGCCACCCAACGUGACCAAAAUGUUGUUGGAUACGACAUGGCUCGAAGAGACACUAGCCAAAUUCCAUCCUGGGUCGAAGCAGCCAAAUUAGGCCCCAUGGCGAUCCGAAGCGACAGGGAUUUCUUCCGGUUUCGUCGAGAUUGGACGGAGAAGCUUUCACUGAAUCAUAUACCUCAGAAAGUAUUCCUGCUAUCUCACGCGGAAGCAACUAGGAAGGUUAAGGAGAUGAGGACUGGGAUGAUUCCUUGGAAACAUCGGGAGGUUCUUGUCAGUGGGCCUGGUGCUCUAAAAGGGAAACUAGCCCAGGUUCUCGACGUUAUGGUUGCUCAGAACACCACCAGUGGCUUGAAGCUGCUCAUCGAGUCUGUUGUACAAGGCAGUCACGGAGGUCCGUACCUCGUAGACUACAAUGAUGUAGUUGAUAUAUUCUGGGAGCUUCCUCUUCAUCUCAUUGACCGCCCUCUGAACCCCAUCUUCAUUCCCCCAUUACAUUACGUUCACCCGAUGACUUUUCACCGAAAGAUUCUCCCGCCCGCCCAAGUUCUGUUCUCUUCUGCUAGAAGAAAUCUGCCUGGAGACGACGAAGCAGAGGGGGCCUUAAAUGGGGAUGGUGUAAAUUCAGAACCAGUGUUCAACUGCGUAGCCGCUCAACGGCAUGCAAGUCAGACAUGGCUCUAUGAGGCCAAGGAAAUCGAAAAUCUCCAGUUCAAGGCGGAACUGACGGGGAGUAUUGGAACGAAAGGUUUCAACAAACGAAAAUCAACUGUACGCAUGACCUACCCUGAGAAGAUGCCUGUCGCGGUGGUUGAAUACUAUAAACGCGAGCGCGAGAUCCCUUUGAACGUCGAGGUUAAUCCUGUGCAUCCUUCGACCUCCACCAAUGAGCCCGUUUUCAUCUUCAACGGCCCCUUUUCCAAUGUGGUUGCAGUACGGGUGACUGCGGUCAAAGAUGACAACAACCUUCAUAGAUUGGUCGGGUUCGCCGUAGACUUGAAGACAUUGGAGCUAGACUUCGAGUCAAGGGUAAAUUUCCUUCCCAGCGAGGCCUGUGUUCUAGCGGUGAAUGAUGAGACAACGAGGAAGAUUCGGGGGAAGAUCAGAGAAUGGAAGGACACGCAGGACCCGAUAUUGCAGCAUCGGAAACGAAGAAAAUAG